AUGGUGCUUGUUCAAGUUCUAUCACAUGGAUAUUUCACAACGGGGCAAUUUGGAACUAAUGAGCAGGUGCUAGAUAGUGUUGGAGUGAAAGCUCCAGGAACCAAAGUGUGGUCCAAGUUCAAAACCCUAGCUUCGCGUUCCUUCUCCUUUUGGCGCCAAACCUUCCCGCCCAUUAAUAAGUUUCACGAACCGGGGUUUUUCGCCCCCAAAUCCCCAAUUGCUCAAUCGAGCUCGAUAUCGAGAGAGAGAGAGAGAGAGAGAGAGAAUGGCGGAGUCUACAAGCGCCGCCGCUGGGCGGAGGCGGCGGCGCGCUCCGCCGCUCUGGAGCGUCUCAGGGCCCUCCGCCGCCGUUCCGAUCUCUCCGGCGACGCCGCCGCCUCCGCCGCCGCCCCCCUCCAGGCGAAGAUGGAGGCCCCGAUCUACGACACUGUCGCCGAGGAGGACUACGCCGCCCUCGUCGCUCGCCGCCGCGCCGACGCCCAAGGCUUCAUCGUCGACGACGAUGGGCUCGGCUACGCCGACGAGGGCCAGGAGGAGGACUGGUCCCACCCCAGCCUCCCCCUCUCCUCCGACGAGGAUGGCGGCGACGGCAUGUCGGACGCUGACGCAGACGAUCACCGCAACAGGCGGCGGCGGCGAAAGCCGUCGUCCUCCGCUGCCAAGGACCCCGCGGCGGCGGCGGCAGCGGCUAAGAAGCACCCGCCAUCGUCGCUCUCGGCGGCGGCCGCGAUGAUGGGGAAGCAGCGCCUCUCUGCGAUGUUCACCUCGUCCGUGUUCAAGAAGAGCGAUCGGGGGAAGGGAGGGCCGGCUGCAUCGUCGGCAGAUAGCAUCGUGGAUGACGUCAUUGCAGAAUUUGCCCCUGAUGAGAACGAUCGGGAGGAGCGGCGGCGGCGAUCUCUUGCCCACCAUGGGGUUCGGAGCUUGAUGGUGCUACCUCCCCUGUCGGAGAUUCGGAUUAAGAGUGAGGUUCCGCCUUUUACCCCCACAGAUCAUGCUAUUACUGUUGGAAACCCUAAUUCAGAUGUGAAUGGAGUUGAAUUGGAGAAUGGUUUCCACGGAAAUGGUGAUUUCGGUCAAGGAGAUGAUCCAAUUACCGAAAUUAAAGAAGAGAAAGCUGCGGAUCCUCAGAUUGAAUCAAGCAACAAGGGUUUAGAUGAGGUAAAAUCUGAUGAAAAUGGAGAAUUAAGGGCCGAAGAGGGGAAGAUUGGGAAGGGGCACUCUCUUAAUGCAAAGAUUAAGGUGGAAGCAGAUAAAAAUGUGGCAAGUGCUACAGAUGGUUGGAAGGCGAUAUGUGGCGAAGAGGAUAACGCCCAAAGUGAUGGACAGGUGAUUGAAUUGAAUGCCAAUGCCGAUGAGAACUCAGAGUUUAUACUGGAUUCUGAUGGAUCACUACCUUUCUAUAUAAUUGAUGCAUAUGAGGAGGCAUUUGGGGCUAAUCCUGGUACUCUCUAUUUAUUUGGAAAGGUGAAAGCAGGCAGUGCAUAUCAAAGUUGCUGUGUAGUCGUGAAGAAUAUGCAAAGAUGUGUCUAUGCUAUCCCAAAAGGUAGUGUAUUCCCAAGCAAUGCUAUCUCAGAGAUUGAAAGGAGCGCCACAGAUGCUCAUAAUUCAACAGCAUCAUUUCGGGCAAAUCUGCAAGAGAUGGCAUCAAGAUUAAAGAAUGAGAUAGCAAAUAGAUUGUCGGAUUUCAAUGCAUCCACUUUUGUCAUGACGCCAGUUAAGAGGAAGUAUGCAUUUGAGAGGUCUGAUUUGUCCACUGGAGAGCAGUAUGUUCUCAAGAUUAACUAUCCAUACAAGGAUCCGCCACUUCCAGCAGACCUUAAAGGAAAACAUUUCCUUGCAUUACUUGGGACACACACCAGUGCUCUUGAAAUGUUUCUAAUCAAAAGGAAAAUAAAGGGACCGUCCUGGCUCUCUAUUUCCAAAUUUGUGACCUGUCCAGCCACUCAAAGGGUCAGCUGGUGCAAAUCUGAGAUAGUUGUUGACUGUCCCAAGGAUAUAUCUAUUUCUACUUCAAAGUCAUUGCUGGAAAUUCCUACUGUCGUUGUUGCAGCUAUCAAUCUGAAAACAACCAUAAACCCAAAGCACAAUAUAAAUGAGAUUGUCUCAGCUUCAGUUAUCUGCUGCCACAAGGCAAAAAUUGAUGGCCCCAUGGUGGCUUCAGAAUGGAAGAGAAGGGGUAUGCUCACCCAUUUUACUGUUGUUCGCAAGCUUGAAGGGGGAAUAUUUCCGAUGGGUCUAACAAAGGAGGUUUCAGAUAGAAAUUCCAAGGCUGGAACAAAUGUACUGGCAUUAGAAAGCAGUGAACGCGCGUUGCUAAAUCGAUUGAUGAUUGAAAUGCACAAAUUAGACUGUGAUGUUCUUGUUGGACACAAUAUUUCUGGGUUUGACCUUGAUGUUCUUCUCCACCGAGCUCAGGCUUGCAAAGUGCCAAGCAGUAUGUGGUCCAAGAUUGGCCGUCUUAAGCGCUCUGUAAUGCCGAAGCUCAACAAAGGAAGUGGCAUUUAUGGUUCCGGAGCUAGUCCAGGAAUUAUGUCUUGUAUUGCAGGCCGUCUACUAUGUGACACCUAUUUGUGCUCACGAGAUCUGUUGAAAGAGGUAAGUUAUUCUUUGACCCAGCUUGCAAAGACGCAGCUGAACAAAGACCGGAAGGAGAUCUCUCCGCAUGAUAUCCCUUCCUUGUUCCAGUCUUCUGGGACUCUUCUUGAAUUGGUUGAAUACGGUGAGACUGAUGCCUGGCUCUCUCUUGAACUGAUGUUUCAUUUGAGUGUUCUUCCCCUUACUCGGCAAUUAACUAAUAUCAGCGGGAAUCUUUGGGGAAAAACUCUUCAGGGUGCUAGAGCUCAACGAGUGGAAUACCUGCUAUUGCAUGCCUUUCAUGCAAAGAAGUUCAUAGUGCCAGACAAGAUUCCUGCACGCAAUAAAGAGCCAAACUCAGCCAAGCGAAAAAUGAAUACUGAUGCAGAUGUUGCGGAUGUGGAUGAGCUAAAUGUAAAUGAUAUCUCUCUUGAUAAUGAUGCACAACAUCUGGAUCAAGGGAAAGGGAAAAAGGGUCCUUCAUACUCUGGUGGCUUGGUUUUGGAACCCAAAAAGGGCUUAUAUGACAAGUAUAUACUGCUACUGGACUUCAACAGCCUAUAUCCUUCAAUUAUUCAGGAGUACAAUAUUUGCUUCACUACAGUUGAACGAUCUUAUGAUGGCCUUGUUCCUAGUUUACCAUCUUCAAAAACUACUGGAGUUUUACCUGAGUUGUUGAGGAAUUUGGUUGAGAGAAGAAGAAUGGUUAAGUCAUGGCUGAAGACAGCUACUGGUCUCAAAGUUCAGCAACUUGAUAUUCAACAACAGGCACUGAAGCUCACUGCCAAUAGCAUGUAUGGCUGCUUGGGCUUUUCCAAUUCUAGGUUUUAUGCAAAGCAACUUGCAGAGCUCAUAACUUCACAAGGAAGAGAAAUCUUGCAAAGUACUGUGGACUUGGUUCAGAAUAACUUAAAUUUGGAGGUAAUUUAUGGCGAUACAGAUUCGAUUAUGAUCUACAGUGGGUUGGAUGACAUUUCUAAGGCAAAAGCUAUUGCUGGAAAGGUCAUUCAGGAGGUCAAUAAAAAAUACCGUUGCCUAGAGAUUGAUCUUGACGGCCUCUACAAAAGAAUGCUUCUUCUCAAAAAGAAGAAAUAUGCUGCUGUCAAAGUGCUUUUCAAAGAUGGAACACCAUAUGAGGUCAUUGAGCGAAAGGGUCUUGAUAUGGUCCGUCGAGACUGGAGUUUACUAUCUAAAGAAACAGGCGAUUAUUGCCUCAGCCAGAUAUUAUCAGGAGGGACAUGUGAGGAUGUCGUGGAGGCAAUCCAUAGUUCUCUUAUGAAGGUACAAGAGGAAAUGAGGAAUGGCGAAAUAGCACUUGAGAAAUAUGUUAUCACAAAGUCCCUAACAAAACCACCUGAGGACUAUCCAGAUGCCAAAAACCAGCCUCAUGUCCAGGUGGCUUUAAGAUUGAAGCAAAAUGGCUACUCAGGAUGCUCUGCCGGUGAUACAGUUCCUUACAUUAUUUGCUGUCAACAGGAUAAUAGUUCUAGUUCUUCCACCGGAAUUGCUCAGAGGGCUAGGCAUCCAGAAGAGCUCAAAAGGGACAGUGGCGGUUGGAUGAUCGACAUCGAAUAUUACUUGUCUCAACAGAUUCAUCCUGUGGUUUCACGAUUGUGCGCUUCCAUUCAGGGCACAAGCCCAGCUCGUUUGGCCGAGUGUCUAGGGCUUGAUUCAUCUAAGUUCCAAUCGAAAGUUGUUGAAUCUGCAAACCAAGAUCCUUCUACCGUGCUUUUAUCAGUAACAGAUGAUGACGAGAGGUAUAAAGGCUGUGAGCCACUUCGAUUGUCGUGUCCGAGCUGCUCGAGCACUUUCAAUUGCCCUCCUGUAUCCAGCCUACUUUCUGCUUCAAGUAAUAAAAGCCAAUCGGAUUCACAAACUGAAGAGCCUAGUCACAACUUUUGGCAGAGAAUGCGUUGCCCUAGAUGUCCAGAUGAUAUCGACGGAUCUCGAGUAUCUCCAGUCAUGCUCGCUAACCAGAUCAAAAGACAGGCUGAUAACUUCAUCUCUUUGUACUACAAAGGGUUAAUGACGUGUGAUGAUGAACUAUGCAAAUACACCACCCGCAGUCUGAACCUUCGAGUAAUCGGCGAUUCUGAAAGAGGAAUGGUCUGUCCAAAUUACCCACGGUGUAACGGCCAUCUUGUAAAACAGUACACCGAGGCGGAUUUAUACCGGCAGUUGUCAUAUUUCUGUUAUGUGUUGGAUGCAGCACGGUGCCUCGAGAAGUUGGACCUGAAAGCUAGGGCUCCUUUUGAGAAGGAAUUUGCGGCGAUCCGUGAAGCCGUCAGUUUAGCUACUUCCGUGAUACAGAAACUCCGAGAUCAGUGCGCCUAUGGGUGGGUACAACUGAAGGACCUCACCGUCUCGAUCUAAAUUUGAUCAGAGGCCACUCUCCAUCCAUGAUAGUCUUGUAGCUGCAGAGGUCGAUCAGAGAUUCGGGCUGUGUUACGAAAAGCAGAUUCUCAUAACUCAGAAGCCCAACCUCUUCGAAAGAUAUGCUAUAUAAAGGUUGAUGUCUCGUUGCGAGCCGCAAAAGCGAGUAGAGCUAGCGAGUGAUUCAAUAAUGUGUUACAUCUGCCAAUUAGAAAGUGAAGGUUAGGUCGUCUCAGCAAAUUUUCAUCAUAGACGGGUUGCGUCAAAUCAGGUACGUAACAAAAUGGGAAUCUGAUGUAUCUAUCCAAGCAGUUCUAGGUAUUGUAUUCAGAAGGUCACCGGAUGUUGUUUUGUACAUCAUGAAACAAGCCUCCAUGAAAAUAGACUUAUUUGUUUUUUUGCAUCUUAA